AUGUCUCUCAAGGAACGCAUCUCGUCGCCACUGGAGGCUGGCACCUCGCUGCUCAAUGCCCAUCAUCUGCCGCCUCACCUCACGCCAGCUCUUGAGCAAGCUUCGGGUCGCCUCGCCAAGAAAGCCAUGCACAUCACUCUUGUCGUGGCUCGCAGAGACUACCAGCUACCGCCCACGAUUCCGCCGUUGGGCUCGCCUGGCCUUGCUGUCCCACCCCCACCCAGCUCGCCGCGUUUCUCCUCGCCCGUCGCAGCGCUGAAGCAUAUCGUCCGCAGCCGGUCGUUCAGCAAGCCCCUGCGGCUCAACAUCGACACCACAUCCGCGCCCCUUGCGUCGCCUUCGACACCAUUUUCAGGGCUCAGCUUUGGACGACCGAGGUGGGCAACGACCCCGUUGACACCAAAGACGCCCAUGUCGCCGCCUCCCAUGACACCCUGCACCGCAUCUUCGAUCACAACUGAUGGUACUGCGCCCAUAAUGAGCAGCUCGGGCACUAUGUGGUUCAUCCAACCGGCCGGACUACCAUUGCGCGAGGAGAAGGAGCUGCGCAUUGCCUUUGACAAGGCAAGUCAUCGACAUGAGCUGAACUUGCCCUCCCCGAUGAAUUCCUCCAUGUGUGGGCUGAACGCACAGCUUAUACACCAGUCCAUCAUCCAGAACGACGUCAUGUUCAAGUCGGAAGGGUUGACGCUGGUGGCGCUCGAUGGUCUCUAUAGCCUCAAGGCUGCCUUGUCGGCAUACGCAAGGACGGGCUCGCUAAUGCGUCUUGAGGACGCGGUCGAUGAGCUGCGUCGAUUGGUGAUUGCUAAUAACGGCAGAAAGGUCACCAAGGUCGAGCUGCUGAGAUCAUACGACUGGCUGCGCAUCUCAGACUGGGCUCUGCGCGAUCUCGACGAGAUGUACAAGAGAGCCUACGGUGGUCUGGACGCAGUAGGGGCCAUCUCGGGCAUGCCGAAAAUCGAAUCCGAGCCUUUCGCAGAACCCAUCAUCAGAUCCGAGUUUGACCAUGACAGCGACGAUGGCACAGAGAUAGACGAUGAGCUGAACGAGCCCAUGGUGGAAAUCGAAAUGACCAGGGACGCCAGUCGACGUGCCACGCCCAAAACACCCGUCCUCAAGCUGCAGACCAACUUUGACCCGCUGCCGGCUAAGCUCAGGUCACCAGGGGAGGACGGACAAGGGGACCAAGACAACGACAGUGCCCGCACGGCAAAAGCAACCGACCAGCCAGCGCACAUGGUGCAAUUUUGGCCGACAUCGUCCAUUGAUGAAAUCAUGACGGCUGGUGUCCUCAGUCCGGAGCGCAGCUCCAUGAGGCUGGGAUCGAUGACGCCGAACGGCUAUGAUGACAUAUCCCCGACAACGAGAGGAGAGUGGGGAUUCCUGAUGGUCGACGACGCAUUCCAAGGAGCGAAGCAAGCUGCGAUUGAGACCUGGUGA